AUGUUCCAUUCCAGGGCUCUCCUUCUCUCCUGGCUUGUGGGCUUCACCGCGGCCAAGGAUAUUCAUCUCGAUUGGAACAUCACCUGGGUCUGGGCAGCGCCCGAUGGCUUUGGCCGUCCCAUGAUCGGGAUCAACAACGAGUGGCCCUGUCCCAUUGUCAAUGCCGACCUGGGCGAUCGGCUCAUUGUCGAUGUACACAAUGGCCUGGGAAAUCAGUCGACGGGAAUUCACUGGCAUGGCUUCCAUCAAUACAUGACUGGAACUAUGGAUGGCUCGAACCAGGUAACGCAGUGUGCGUUGCCUCCGGGAAGCAGCAUGCGCUAUGAAUUCGAUGUCAAUCAAACCGGGACUUAUUGGUAUCACUCGCACGAAAUGGGCCAGUAUCCCGACGGCCUGCGGGGUCCGUUCAUCGUGCGGGAUCCCUCGCCGCCAUUUGCCUACGACGACGAGUUUACGCUGACUCUGACCGACCAUUACCACGAGCAAAUGUCGGUUCUUCUGCAGCAGUACGAGGCCGACAGCGUCGGCGCCCAGGCAGGCGUCAAUGAACCCUUGCCAGCGGCAGCUCUGAUCAACGAGGGCUUUGACACCACCACUCUCCGCGUGGAGCCCAACAAGACAUACCUCAUCCACCUGGUUUGCGUGGGCAACUGGCCAGGCCACGUUAUUGUCUUCGAUGACCACGAGAUCAGUGUCGUUGAGGUGGACGGCACCUGGGUGGACGCGUACCCUGCGCGAGACAAGAAGAUCCGGCUGGCCACCGGCCAACGCAUGAGCAUCCUGCUCAAAACCAAGGACAACACCGACAGGAACUAUGCCAUCUGGGACUCGAUGGACGUCAACAUGAUGUUCUUCUAUCAGAAUCGCGCGAUCCCCGAGGGGUUCAACCCCAACACGACGGCAUGGCUGGUCUAUGACGAAGCAAAGGAACUUCCUCCCGCACCAGACGUCCACGAACUCGACCCGAAUAACGACUUUGUCGACGAUCUCGUCUUCGUGCCAGCGAGCCACGAGCCCCUCCUCGAGAAAGUCGACCGUCAGAUCAUCUUCGACACCGGUGUGACUCAACGCGACGGCCGCAGCGUGUACACCAUCAAUGGGCAGACAUACGUCGAUCCGGAGGAACCAACAUUGUACACAGCGUUGGCGGCGAGCCCAGAAAACGCUUCUAAUGCGUCGUUAUACGGUCAGGUAAAUCCCUUCGUCGUCCAAUACGGCGAGGUCGUGGAGAUCAUCAUCAACAACCACCACGGCAACCUGCACCCCUGGCAUAUGCACGGCCAUCAGUUCCAGGUUCUGCAGCGCACGAUCCCCGAGGGCGGCUACUUCGAUGGCUACUUUGCAAAUAUCUCUUCGACCCCGGUGAAACGGGAUACCAUCAUGGUGCAGAACCAUGGGCACGCGGUGCUUCGCUUCCGCGCCAAUAACCCAGGAGUUUGGCUCAUCCACUGCCAUAUCGAAUGGCACGUCACCAAGGGGCUGACCGGCACUCUCAUCGAAGCCCCGGCGCAGAUGCAUAAAAUUUCCGUACCGUUGGAUCAUCAGCGAAUCUGUCCCAGCUACGGCACACCACCGGGUGGUACGCCCUCGUCUCCUCCCCACGAUGCUCCCCGUCCUGAUGGGGCAUCAGGCUCACCUCAGUAUCCCCCUAAGCCGUGGGGUGAGCCAGAUGCAUCUGCUCCUGAGCAGGAUGAUUCACAACCUGGCGGUACACCAGAUUCACCUGAGGAUUUUCCCCAGCCGUGGGGUGAGCCAGAGGAAUCUCCUCAGGAGCCUCCUCAACCCUGGAGUCCAUCGAACAACGCCCAGCCACCGGCCAACACCUACGCACCGGAGUAUCCCUCUGGCUACGUUCCUGUUGCGCCUGGCCCCGUGAUUAUCGACUCGGAGUUGCAUUACGGUGGCAAGAGUAGCCAUGUUGAAUGUUCUGGCGUCAAUGCUGGCCAUACACAAGACACGACUACAGGGGGUGACGGCUGCGCAAAUGCCUCGUAG